AUGUGUCAAAAAGAGAAGUUGAGCAAAAAUAAUGAAGUUGAAAAAAUAGAUAAGACUCUUUACAGAAGUAUGGUUGGAUGUCUCAUGUAUCUUACAGCAACUAAACCCGACAUUUUAUAUGUUGUAAGUCUUCUAUCUAGAUUCACUAAUUGUGCAACUAACACUUAUUUUAGAGCAGCAAAGAGGGUGAUAAGAUAUGUUAAGGGAACACUGAAUUUUGGAAUCAAGUUUAAUGCAAAUCAAAAGCACGUGUUGCAGGGGUAUUCUGAUAGUAAUUGGGGUGGUUCUUCUGAAGAUAUGAAGAGCAUUUCUGGUUAUUGUUUUAGUCUUGGUUCAGGUGUAUUUUCUUGGUGCUCUAAAAAGCAAGAAAUUGUUGCAAAGUCGAUGGCUGAAGCUGAGUUCAUUGCAGCAACAGCUGCUGCAAAUCAAGCCUUAUGGCUUAGAAAAGUACUACUUGAUCUGAAUUUAAAGCAAGAGAAGUGCACAGAGGUGUUUGUAGAUAAUCAAGCAGCUAUUGCUAUCUCAAAUAAUCCUGUUUCAUGCAAAAACCAAGCAUUUCAAUAUCAAAUUAUUCUUUCACAAAGACGUGCAGAAACAAGGAUCGAUUGGGUUAAAGUACUACAAGACGAAUCUUCAACUGGCAGAUAUGUUUACCAAAGCCUUGCCAAAGAGCAGAUUUGA